CCCCUCCUUGCGGUGAAAAUCACGCCGACCGUCGAGAUGACCAAAGUGGCACCAAGCCGGCCCGACAUGACAGAGCUGUCGGAGGUGCUGCGGGACAAGGAGCGUCGGGCGCAGCAGCAGCUGGAGCGCUGCGCCGAGGAGCGAGGGAGGAAGAUGGAGGAGCAGAGGAGGAAGGAGCAGCGGCGCAGGGCGGCCGCUGGGGAGAGGAGGCGGCAGCAGCAAGAGGAAGGAAAGGAGAGGCUGGAGGCCCUGGUCCGCCGGAGAGCUGGGGGUGCCGAGACAAGAGGAGGCGGAGGAGGAGGAGGAGGAGGAGGAGGAGGAGGAGGUGGAGGAGGUGGAGGAGGAGGGGAGGCUCAGGACCACCUGGAUAACAGGCCCAAACGGUGGACAUGGGGAGGACCGCCUGAUGGAGUGGAGGGUAACCCUAAGACCCCGCCCUGCCAUGCCAUUGGCUCCGCUCAGCCCAAUGAGCUUCUCGCUGCUUCGAGUGCCAGCCAGUCCCGUAACGUCGUUGACUUCCUGUCUCCACCCGCCACGGAUCCGCCAAUGAACAAACAGCUCUCCAGCUCUUCGGCCGCCCUCCACUCACCGGAGAGAGCUUCCUCCAACAACCACAGACCGUACAGAAGUCCCUCCAACCGCAGGAGCAUCGCUGGACUCCCCGAAGACACGUCCAGAGCCAAAACACCCACGGGGGAGACUCCAAACACACCGGUCCGCAGUGCUUCCUUCAGGGCCAACAAUAAAGGCCCGGCCACACCGAAACGGGUGAGGUCGACCAGGAGUCGCGCCCAGUCUCCCUGCUCCCCUGGACAAUACCCGACCUCCCCGCACAGGCAGAGAGCCCCCACCCCUGGCAACGAUGACAGGGGUCAGACUGAGGUCAAAGGUCAUGGCACCCUGGAGAGGAAAUCGACCAAACCUGAAACUUCAGAGAAGAAGAUCCCCAAAUCCACCAGCAGAGAACUGACCGCAGAGUCUCCAGGCACACCCACAGGCAGGAGUGUUGGUGGGACGACGGAUGCUGAGGAGGCGUCCAGGCUCCUGGCAGAGAGGCGACGUCUGGCCCGAAUACAGAAGGAGCAGGAGGAGAGACAACGGCAGGAGGAGGAGAGGCUGAGGGCUGAGGAGGAGCAGAGGAGGCAGCAGGAGGCGAGGGAGCGACAGGAGAGAGCUGCACAGCAGGCCGAGGAGGAGAGAGUGAGGAAGGAGGAGGAGAGGAGGACCAAGGAGGAGGAGGAGAGACGACAGAAGGAGCAGAGAUGGAAGGACAUGCAGGAUCAGCUGGACAGAGAGAGGGAGGAGGCCUUCCUGCGAGCCCAGAAAGAGGCUGAGAGGAAGAGACAGGAGAGAGAGCUGCUGCACAUCCAGGAGGAGCAGGAGAGGCUGCAGAGGAAGAAGAGAAUUGAGGAGAUUAUGAAAAGAACAAGGAAGAGUGAAGUGGAGCCUCCUUCUGGUGUCUCAGAACCAGACGACAACUUUGUUUUCGCAGCAUCCGACAUGAGAGCCGAGGCUCCGGUCGCUUUGGAGGAGGACGCCCCGAUUCCUGCCGAGGCCCCCGUCAUCAUGCUGGGACCCCUGGAGAAUAAGAGCUGUGUGGACGAGCUGUCUGACGGAGUCCAGUCCAUGGACGUCAGCUCUCCAUCUGUCUCCAUCAGUCCAGUGUCCAGGGACGAGCAGGCGAGCGCUCAGGAGUUUUCACCCGUCACUGAGGGAACAGAAGGCUGCCCCCUGGAGCACCUGAUGGACCUUGACGCCCAGGGGCGAGGACAGGGACAGGGUGCGGAGACGCCCCCCUACCCAAAGCUGCAGGCCAGCAGCGCGGUCGGAGACCUCAACAAGAACCUGCUGAUUCAAGCGUACAGCGCCGCGUCCGAAUCCUCCCAGCUCAUCCACAGCGUCGGCCCGAGCAAACUGGACGUCCAGUAGCCAGGUAGAGACAGACCAACAGAUGGGCCUCUUUCAGGAGCUGGCGAGUUCGGUAGAAACAGGAGCCAGGAGAAACAGACCAAGAGACCAUCGCCUCCAUCUGCAACAACAACAAUCAUCAUUUCCACAAGGGACAUCAGCUGAACACCUGAUUUCUCAUCCGUUUCACCAAACCGCACACACACGCAAACCGUUAAGCUUUUGGCCACAUUUUCAGGCAGUGCAAACGGGCAAUUCUUACUCUUAGACACACAAACAGAAUUUGACAAAAUCAUGCAAAUAAGUAUUCUUCUGAAAAAAGAAGUGGAAUCUUUGCUUUCUUGAAAACUAAACCUGUGUUCAUGUUACAAAUCUUGCAAGGCAUCCGUUGGGAAUCAAACUAGUUCAAGGUCAAUGUCAGCCCCAAUCUGCACACAUUAACCCACUUUUCAUUUACAGAUUACACACGUUUUUACAUGUUUUCGCAUUUCAGACAUCUCGCACAUCUCAUCGGACUCAAUUUCUCAAUUUCGACCUUUUUGUCCCGAACAGUCGUCUGAAGGUGUAGACGAGAUGCGCAGCGCAUCUCCUCUCCACCUGUUCCCCGUCGAAGCCAAUAUCGCCCGGCCGCAUUGCCACCACACAUCACUGGAGCGUCAUCCGCUUGAAUCUCUCAUCCCCGCUUUUGUAAAGCUCUGUAAAUAGACCUGACUGGGUGGCGGAGUCUGUCAUCGUAGGGACAGGGAGCAGCUCUGUAGCAGUUUAUCCGGAGGGAAGCCGUAACACGGAUGCUGCUGUGUGAAUCCCGUGUAGCAUCUUCAGUGAGGACUAGCUAGCUAGUUGAGCUGUUUUAUGGCUGUGGUUGUAGCUGUGUACUUCAACAGUGUGUGGGAGUUUUUUUCUCUUUCUCGUCAGUGUUUCCGAUGGUUACUCUGUGUUUAUCUCACCGCUGACCUGCUCUGCUGCCGACGGCGACUCCUACUUCUAUAACGCCCAGUUCCGCUGUAGAUUUCCGAUCAUCCUGAUGGUGGAGAAAAAAACCAUCAGCAACCGAUAUUAUCGCCCCGCUGUCGCCCCGUAACACGUAGAGCCUAUAGCUUUGGUUUCUCUGCUGCUCGACACCUAAGUGAUGGACAUUUUGUGGACUAGCAACGAUCCGCAGCAAGGACGUGAAGAAAACAUGGGGGGGGGUUCAAAAUGUCCUGUAUUUUUAUCCACAGGUCAGGAAAAUAUUGACACAGUGUGUUGUGUAUUUGUCUGGCACUGACUGUAACCACGCAAGCUGCAGUUUAUAGUGUGCACUUAACAGUAGUUGUGUGUUUCACUGCUCUGAAGACGCUUACAUCUCCACCUCAGCUCAUUCCCCCGACUAAAAUAUACCUCACCAAUUCAAAACAGACUCUGGCGUUAAACAGCGGUCACCACCUCGCAGCUCAUCACCUCUGAGGCCUUAAACCUCUGUGCAGUCAGCAUCUUCGACUGUAACACCUGCCCUCCGUGCUUCACCCUCAGGCUGUGUUUCAUCAAGCAUGUUGCACUUUUCGCUGUCGAAAGGCCCUUUUCCACUAAAAGAUACAGGAGCUAAGGCAACGGUUAUGUGAAAGCGGGGUUGGAUCACCGUUCGUGCAAAUGCCCACGGGCUGCAGAACCCUCAGUGGCCCCAAAAGCCCCAGAUUCUGUGGAUGAUCAGGAUUUUAGAAAUACUGAGGUAACAAGUUUAUAUUCCCCCAGCAGAACCACACCCGCCUGCAAAAAUUCAGUCCAACCACCAACCGAACUCUGAACGAUUUUCUGAAUAUUUAACAUAAAUCGCAUUCUAUUCAUUCAACUGUUCAGUUGUAAUUUUUAUACAUUUGAUUUUCCUGUGUUAUGCACCGGUACCAGGUACGUCAGGUAGAAUCUGAAGUUCUUUUAGUUGUUUCGACCGGCCAUUAACCAAACUCUGAGCAAAUUUCUGCGUAAUCAAGAAAAAUGACCUUUUAAUUAUUUGGUUGUGACAUUUUUGUACAUUUGUUUUGGUACCUGGUUGAUCAAGAAUGCUUGACCAACCAAACUCUGUGCAGUUGUUUGAGUAUUUAAGGAAAUCCACAUUCUAUUUAUUCAGCUGUUCAUUUACAUUUUUGUGUGUUUGAUUUCCCAACGUUAUGGACUGGUGCCAGAUAUAUUAGAAUCAGUUUUUUAAAAAAUGCAACAUGUGUAGUAUGUGUGUAAUAGUAGAAUGUAAACCCCUCCUUAUGCCAAUAUAAACCUUCAGAAUGAUCAGAAAUAAUACUGAGGACUUGAGCUCUGUCUCCUCAACACCUUCUUUAUUUUACUUUAUAUGGUGUUCAUUCGGUGCAUAUUCCUAUAUAAAUCUGUAAUGAAGGAUGGUGGAGGUGAAAGCAUGAUGUCAACAGGACUUUUUUUGGAGGGGGGGGGGGCUAGGAUCCAAAAUUGGAUCCAGAAUCGGAUCCAGGUGCAAAGAGAGUCCUUGAAAAAGUUUCUUGUUGUGGAAAAGGUGCCUCUCCUGCUGCUCCAAGGUGUCACACUGAGGGAAAAAAAAAGUGUUUCCCAGUCACUGCUGCGACCUCCAGCGCGUUGUUUUACAUUUUCACGCUCCUGUCGGCUUCCAGAUUCUCCCGAAACUCAUCGUAAGAGGGUCUGCUGGGUCCCCUUGUAUAUGACGUAAAAAUAAAGGACAUAAUGUUUAUCCUAAUAGUACUUAAACUCUGUGACACUGCAGCUUGGUGGAAUAUAUCAUUGUAGAUGUGGUGCAUGGAUAACUGCUGAAAAAGAACAAUAAACUUCAUCAAGCCAUUUGUGUCAGUGAGCUGAAUAAAUAAAACAAAUGUACAAUAAUGGGAAACAGAAAGCUCUGGUGGCAGAUUGGAUGGAAAUGUUACAGAUUCUUAAGUCUGUAUAGGAUGUUUAGUCUUUGACAUUCAUAAUGAAUAUGGAAUGAGAAGUCUAGCGUAGGGCUUAAAGCAG